AUGCAGAUAGCCACACUUAAUUAUCAAUAUAAUCCAAAAGAAAAUGUUAAUGGUGGUUCUCGAACAAAAUUACACCAACGACAAAUUCUUUCAACAAUAACAAAUCCACCAAAAAAAAAUAAACAAAGACGAUCAUUGUUCUCUGAUCUUAGUAUUCAUUCAAAUGUUCCAUUACCACCAAUAAAAACUAGUGGUAAACGUCCAAGUUCAAUACGUAUUAAAGGUAGUAGUCUAACAUCAUCAAAAUUAGGUGAUACAUCAAUUUAUUCCAUACCUCAUCGAUCACGUUCACAUAGUCGACAAUCAAAUAGAAGUAUUUUAUCAGAUACAAGAAGUAGUUCACUUUCACCUGGAGGACCAUUAAGACCAGUAUCAAAAAUAACUCGUCUUAAAUUUGGUUAUCCUAUUAAAAUACGUUCAGCUGAUUUUUAUGGUCCAGAUAAAAGUGAAUCAGAAUUACGUUUACGUGAGGAAUCAUUUAUUAAUGAUUCAGUACGUUCAGCACAUGAAAGUCGUCGCUCAUCAAUUAUACCACCUUAUGAACCACUUGAUGAUCCACAUUUAAGACGAUUUUUUCAAUCACCUAUUGUUUUGGAUAUUGUACGUAAAACAUUAAAUAUUGAUGCUAAUAAUUCAUAUGAACGAUCAUCGAAAAAUUCCAAAUUUAAAAAAACUUCAAGAAUAAAAGAUUCAGAUGAACAUCUUGAUGGUGAUUAUCUUCGAUUAGUAACUAAAGGUUCAUCUGGUUAUGGAAAAUUAAAUGGUUAUGAUUGUAUACCAUCUUAUUCACCGGUUCGUAAUUAUCGUCGUCGUUCAAGUACAGUUGAUUCAACAGUACCAAUGUCAAAACGUUGGAAUACAAUUGAAUCUGGUUUACAUCGGUCAACAACACAAGAUAAAUACCAUGCAUCAGCAAAUACAUCCGUGCAAAGUUUUCCAACUAAUAAUAUCGAUCGAUUAGAACAACAAAAGAAUAAGAAAUCUCAGAAAUAUAAUAAAUCAAAACAACCUAAACCAAUUGCAACAUCAUCACCAUUAAGACGUCCUUCACGACAUACAAUUGAACAAAUAACAUUAAAUAAUGAAUUAUCAUCAACAGCCAAAACAGAUGGCAAUAUUCCUGAACAUAAAAGUGACAUAACAGUACAUUCUAAUUGA